AUGGCGAACCAGGAGAACGCUCCCUCGAGAUGGACAGCGGUCCCUUUGCGGCGCUUAGGCACCUCUCGCUUAGUAGCCCGGGCGAUACUGACGCUCACAGAAAAAGACCGUAAGGAAGGAUGGCCUUCUUUUCCCAUGGGGCGGAGAGCGAAAGGGACUUUCAGAAGCGCCUCCUCCUACCUCCUCCACCAGCUCAUCCACCGCACUCAGGAAGCAGAGGUGGAAGCGAAUGCAGAAGAGGAGGGCGAAGGGGAAUCCGAAGAGUCCGAGGAUUCCGAAAUGCUGAAUUUGGAGGAGGAGUUUGAUGGGAACCUGAGAGAGGAUAUGGUGGCUGGAGCACUCAGUGAGCUGGGGCGGUCAGGCCCUGGGACGGAGCAGGUCUACCUCAACCUAAAUUUACCACACAGUGACUUAAUCAACAUCAGCAUUCUGCGUAACUACGUUCACCUACAGAAGCUGAAUCUUUCGGCAAACAAGAUCGAAGAUUUGUCCUGUGUGAGCAGCAUGCCAUAUCUUCUGGAACUAAACGCUUCUCAGAACAAGCUGACUACCUUCUUCAAUUUCAUACCACCCAAAAAUCUCAAGAAAGUGGAUUUUUCCUCCAACCUGAUUUCUGAAAUGGGGGACCUGUCAGCAUACAACAGUCUCACUCAACUGAUUUUGGACAACAACGAGAUAGAAGAAAUCAGUGGGCUAGAGAACUGUAUCAGCCUGACCCACCUUAGUCUGGCUGGCAACAAGAUCACGAUAAUUAACGGCUUAGGCACAUUACCCAUCAAAGUGCUUUGUUUGAGCAACAACCAGAUCAAGAGCAUCACAGGCCUGGAGGAGCUGAACACCUUGCAGAACCUAGAUCUGUCUCACAAUCAGAUCAGUAGCCUCCAGGGCUUGGAGAACCAUGACCUCCUGGAAGUGAUCACCCUGGAAGACAACAAGAUUGAGGAGCUGAGCGAAAUAGAAUACAUUGAAAAUCUUCCUAUCCUUCGAGUUCUCAAUCUACUCAAGAAUCCAAUUCAGGACAAAUCUGAAUACUGGCACUUCGUAAUAUUUAUGCUGCUGCGACUGACAGAAUUAGAUCAGCAGAAGAUUAAAGUGGAAGAAAAGGUCUGUGCCGUGAAUAAGUAUGACCCCCCCUCUGAAGAGAUCGCUGUCCAAGAUCACAUGACCCAUGUUGUCAACAGCAUGUCGCAGCCACAGAGGAUCUUCGACAGCACUCUGCCUAGUCUGGACGCCCCUUAUCCCAUGCUGAUACUAACUGGUCCUACAGCUUGCGGGAAACGAGAACUCGCCCACCGCCUCUGCAGACAGUUCAGUACUUACUUCAGAUAUGGGGCCUGCCACACCACAAGACCGCCUUACUUUGGUGAAGGGGAUCGAGUUGAUUAUCACUUUAUCUCCCAAGAAAUUUUUGAUGAAAUGUUGAGCAUGGGGAAAUUUAUUCUAACGUUUAAUUAUGGUAAUCACAAUUAUGGAUUAAAUAGGGACACUGUAGAAGGUAUUGCAAGAGACGGAUUAGCGAGCUGCAUUCAUAUGGAAAUAGAAGGUGUAAGAAGCUUGAAGUAUUCCUAUUUUGAGCCUCGAUAUAUCUUGGUGGUGCCUAUGGACAAGGAAAAAUAUGAAGGAUACUUGCGGAGAAAGGGACUGUUUAGUCGCGCAGAAAUUGAGUUUGCCGUCUCUAGGGUGGACCUUUAUGUUAAAAUUAAUCAGAAAUUUCCAGGCUAUUUCGAUGCAGUAAUCAAUGCAGAUGAUCUGGAUGUUGCCUACCAAAAGCUAAGUGGACUCAUCAGAGAUUACCUGGGAUUGACUGAGGCCGCUGCUAAAGAUUUGGCUCCAGCUCUAGCAGGAGCCCCUUCUAGCAAGAAAACCAUCUCUGGAGUCCCAGCCCACCUGGUCCCCUCCCCCAGGCGCUUGGCAAGACUACAAGCAGAUGGCCAAAACCCAGAGGCUUUCCUGGACGUGCAGACUCAUGCAAAGGCCCCGGGCAAUCAGAACCCUGCUCUCCCACAGAACCAAGAGUUGACUGAGGAUGGAGAACACCCUAAGAAAGAGCCUUCCUUUAGUAGCCACCUGGAUCUACCUCAGCAGGUCAGUUCUUCAACACUUGGUAUUCCUCAGCAGGCCCAAGACAUACCACCAAAGGCCGAGGAAGAGGAUGGUCAGCCAGCCCAUCUUCCUCCAAAACUAACCACUGAGAUGGAUGGCUCUGAAGACAAGCCCGGGCCACCUACGCUCAAAGCAGAACAGUCUUCUACUAUUGCACCUCCAGAGCCGCCCCAGCAUCCUGCUCCUGUUCCCCCGCUCCGCCCUCAGCUAGACCAGGACAAGGAAUCCGGAGAGACCAAAGUAGCCUCUGGCAACCCACCGCUAUCUGAACCUUCACAGGGACCGAACCCAGCUUCCCUCAGUCCUCAGAGAGUACAAGAUGAGGGAAUUGAGUCAGCCAACACUGCACCCAAUAGUUCCGCCCCCAGUCUUCCGGAAGACUCUUCUCACCCCGAGGUAGAGAAGUCUGUUGGGGGCUCUCAACCACCUCCAAGGGAGGGAACCCCCAAAGCAGCAGUUGUCCGAGCCAGUACUCCUUACCCAGAAAUUCCACCCCCGCAAGACCCAUCCACAAACUCCAAACUUGCUCAGGUCAAGGAACAGCCGGUGGCCUUGCUUCCUAGAAGCCGGCUGGCUCCUACCAGGUUGCCUCAGCCUCAAACCCUGGCUCCUCUCCAGAGCAGGAGACCCACACCCAAGCUUCUCUCUCCUAGCCGGGAAGAGGCUUUGGGGACAAGCUCAGAUCAGACCCCGACUCCCUCUCCCAGGUCUCUCCCAACUGAGAACGGAGACCCCAGCAAACUUCCCCUGAUCAGCCCUCCUCAAGCCAAACCACCCUCAAACCCGAGCCCCGACUCGGCCCACAGCCCACAGCAAGCCCAGGCUGAGAAAGGGAGCGAGGUGAAGCUUCCACUUAUUAGCCCCCCGAUCCAAGAACAAACCCCUAACCCACCCCAGGAACAGGAGGCACCCAUAGUCCGGCUCCCACAAAUUACUGCUCUGCCCACGGAACCUCAGCUUCCCCAGAACACAGGGGCAAGGCCUGCUUCAAAGCCUGCAAAGGAAAGGAAAACUCCCAAAGUAGGCGGUGCCUCCAGGAAGAAGACUUCAGAUCUGCAGACCUCGCCCCACAGCCAGGAGCCCACUAGGCAGAAGGAAGCUAGGAAAAAAAACCUCAAACAAAGAGAGACAGCUAAAGGGUCACCAUACCCGAAAAAGAUGCCAAUUGGAAAGUCUCAGACAACUCCCCAGACAGAAUCCCAUAGCAAACCAGCUCCUAGGAAUGCGUCAGACCCGCUUGACUCCGGGUCCCCUGUGAGCCACACUGAACCAGUGCCAGCAGAGCCCCAGAAUCAGGAGGAGAAAAAGGGCAAAGCACACAAUUCCAGAAAGAAGACACAGGCUAAUCUCAUCUCGAAGGAUGUGGCGCAGUCCGUCGGUGAGUCCCAAAAUGGAGAAACGUCUGAAGGGUUAGCUCAAGAAAACGAAACUGCCCUCAGUAAGGAUCAGCCAGCCCGAGAGGGUCAGGACCCUGACAAGUCAGAACGCGAGGUUUCCGCUCCUGUGGGGAGGGAACAGGCUCAAAAGAGGGGAAGGUCUCAGAAGAAAGAGGUUGUGGGGAAGCCCUCAGCGCAGGAGAUUGCGGCCCCUAGCCAGCUGCGGGCCAAAGAGACACAAGCCCAUAAAGACACCAGUGAGAUCAGACAAGGCUAUGCCCAGAGGCACACCAUACUUGUAUCUAAGCAGCAAUCCAAAGAAAAACGAACUAAAAAAAAUGAGAGUGUAGCCCCGGACAGAAGCCCUGCUGCUCCCCAAAAUCAGGUGUCAGAGGAGGAGCAGGGUAGCCGGACAGGAAGACUGCGAGCCAGGGGCAGCCAGAGCAUCAAAGUGUGAGCCUUGGCUCCUGAGAAGCUAUGCUGUCACAGGAGACCAAAGGUGCAGCCACCAGUCAGCACCUGGCUUUGC